AUUAGGGUUUUGUAAGUGUUGAGACUCAAUUACAUUCCACGAGUGCGUAUCAAUUUAUCUCUUUCUCUCUCUACCAUCAUCAAUUUUCUCUCUCCUCAAAGACGAUCUCUACGCUUAUUCAAGAUUAGCAGACAUUUUGUGGAUCUGGGGGCUCGGUUGUGAAUAGGCAGAAAGUUGGUUCACCUAAUGGCAGGACAGAGAAAUAAUCACGGUAAGCGAGCUCAUUCCCUGGAUCGUUCUGAGAAUGGUAGGAAUAAACGAAGAAGUUCAGGUGAAGAUCCUUUUUCAAUUGGAACAGAUGAUACUGUAUACCGCUACUUGUGCCCUGCAACAAAAAUUGGAAGCAUUAUUGGCAGGGGAGGGGAGAUUGUCAAACAAUUGAGAUUGGACACCAAAGCAAAGAUCAGAAUUGGUGAGACUGUGCCAGGAUGUGAUGAGCGGGUCGUGACGAUUUAUAGUGCGAGUGAAGAAACAAAUUCCUGUGAUGAAAUGGAUUCUCAGGUUUGUCCAGCCCAGGAUGCACUCUUUAUGGUGCAUGACAGAGUGAUUGCUGAGGAUGCAGGUGCUGAUGAUGAGCCUGAAGGUAAUCAACAUGUUACUGCUCGGCUGCUUGUCCCUUCUGAUCAGAUUGGAUGUAUUAUUGGUAAAGGUGGUCAGAUAGUUCAAACCAUUCGUAGCGAAACUGGUGCUCAGAUACGGAUUUUAAAGGAUGAUCAUUUGCCAGCAUGUGCCCUAAGCACUGAUGAACUUUUGCAGAUAUCUGGAGAAGCUGUAGUCGUUAGGAAAGCUUUAUUCCAGAUUGCUUCCCGUCUUCAUGAUAAUCCUUCACGAUCACAACACAUGCUGACUUCUGCUGUACCUCCUAGUCUGUAUCCAUCAGCAGGCUCACUCAUUGGGGCACCUGGUGGUGCUCCUAUUUUCGCUCCUAUUGUUGGUUCUUAUGGAGGAUACAAAGCUGAGAGGGGAGAUUGGCCUCGUUCUGGUUACCCUUCAUCGAGGGAAGAUUCUUCAAUGAAGGAUUUUUCCAUUCGUUUUGUCUGUCCUACUGCAAAUAUUGGAGGUGUGAUUGGAAAAGGUGGUACUAUCAUAAAUCAAAUCAGACAAGAGACUAGAGCAGGUAUCAAAGUUGAUAGUUCAUCUACUGAAGGUGAUGACUGCCUGAUAACAAUAUCAUCGAAGGAGUAUUUUGAAGAUCAAGUCUCUCCAACAAUUGAAGCUGCAAGGCGCUUGCAACCCAGAUGUAGUGAGAAGAUUGAGAGGGACUCAGGAAUUAUUGCAUUUACAACCCGUCUCCUUGUGCCAUCAACACGUAUUGGCUGCUUAAUUGGUAGAGGAGGUGCUAUUAUCACUGAGAUGAGGAACAUUACAAAGGCUAAUAUCCGCAUCCUUUCAAAGGAUGAUCUUCCAAAGGUUGCAGCGGAUGAUGAAGAAAUGGUGCAGAUCUCUGGUGACCUGGAUGUAGCUGAAACUGCUCUUAUACAUAUUGCGUCACGAUUAAGAGCAAACCUCUUCGAAAAGGAGGGGCAAGUGAUGCUUCCUGUUCUUCCUUAUGUCCCCCUUUCACCUGAUGAUCAUGAUUCCAUGCCAUAUGACGGUAGAGAUAGUAAACGACAUGGUCGUGGGCUUUCAUACUCAGGUGGAUAUGGUGGCUCAAAUGAUUUGUCCUCAGUUGAUCACUAUGGUAGCUAUGCUGGUAUACAGAGCACCGGAAGUGGGAGUAAUUAUGGUGUUUAUGGAAGCUAUACAUCAGGGCGUAGUAGUUCAGGGUUAUCUGGUCAGGCUCCAGGCUCCAGAAGGAGACCAUAUUAUUAAGAUUAACAAAGAGGUAUCUUCAGCUGAAACUUUGAAGCCCUGAAGCUUGCUUCCUGCCUCCUUUGACGAAGCCUCCUGCUUAAACCAGAAGACCAGAUCAAAAGGGUUUGACAAACAUUUGGCCAACCUUGAUGCUUUUGUCCAGGAGACCAAUUUAUUUGGAGAACUACAAUAUCAAACUUGCCAUGUCCAUGAUACCAAAUUUACCAAGCUCUUUCUAUGUUUCCGGUCCACUGAACCUAUGUAGCCACAGUAUGCCUUAAUUUGUCUUAGUUUGUUCUGCACUGUUAUUCAACUGUUCGAAAACGUUUACCGCUGUAACUUUUCAUAGGGUUUGAGUUGAUUAUUUUUCCAUCUUCCUAUUUGUUUCCCAAAACUUAGUGCUGAGUGUUUUCCCUUGAGUUGUCAUUGCACUUUAAUACCCAGAUCAUAUUCUAGAGAUAGCCCUUGAUGUUCUUAUAAUUCCUGUAGUUGGGUAAGGUAUUGAUAGUUUGAUUAGUGCUAUGCUUCCAGCAUUUAUCUCAUUGCUGCAAUCAUUUACCUUUAUUCUUUGUGCCAUUUAUUCGGCUUUGUGCUAUUUAUUCGAUAUUCGUACUUAUUUAAUUGUAGGUUGCUCUUGCAAAUUUAUUAACAUUUUGUCUUAUUUAUUUUGCUAGGUUUAGUCACCUGAAAGAUGGUUUUCGUUCUUUUUUGUUUUUAAAGAGGGGUGCAGCAAUUGUUUUAUACAUGAUGUCUAUUAGAACUAAUAGAAAAGUUCUGUUACUGUUUUAUAUAGCUGUACUGGGAAGUGUAAUGGAAGUGGGUAGGUUUAUCUACAACUAUAAGAGAUCCAAUACUAGCUUUAGAGUGUGUAUCUGUUCUACAUUAGGGUUGUGGCCUGUGGGUCAAUAGUAUGAUGAUUGAUGAAGGUAAUUUAAGCCUUGGGAUUUAAUCUUCUGAAGUGGGAUUGUAGAUAACUGUAAAUUCCUGUGACAAAAGCCUGAAGUUUGUAUUUAGAAUCUAGAAGGGAGAUUAGACCUCUGUUUUUGUUUUUGCAACCAAGGGAAUUUUGUCUCUAGUACUUGGGGCGGACUAUCUUAUCAGUGGUGUGUUCCAAGCUCAUAACAGUUGCUUUAUUUCAUCUCCCUUGCUCUUUCUCCCAACUCCAUUGAACUCAGUCUCUUUUAUAAUCCUCUGUACAUACCUCUCUUCUCAGCCUUUACCUGCUUAGAAUCUACCUUGGGCCAAGUUGUUAUUUUGCAUGAUAGGGAAUUUGAAGAUAUUAUGAUAUUGACCUUUUGGCACUUGAGAUAUAAAGGUUAGCUUGUUUGUCAAGCUCAAGUAGGAUCCAGGGAUUAAGACUAAAUCUUCAGACAAGUGAGAUUUUCAAUGAAAGAUUUUGUUUGAGUGGUGUUAUUUUGUUGGUUGCUUAAGGCUAUGUUAAUUUCUGCUCCUUUUUUUUUUUUUUUUUUUGGUUGUCUUGCCUGUGGAUUACAUAUUUGCUAAGGGUUGUAGUUUUGGCUAUUUAUCUGCAAUGGGUAUGCUGUUCUGGCUCGUUUGAUAGAUGAUAUAAAUGGGGGAAUGAAAAUGAGUGACUAUUUUAAAUCUUCUGCCAACGUACAUGGUAAAGCUUUUUCCACCCCUAAGCACCUCCCUCUAAUCACUUUCAAUUAGCACUCAAUACUUCCUUUAAAGUGAUUAUCAUCCUCAUUUAUUAUCGCUUACCAUACGAGUUGCUAGUGCUUAAGAAACAAAUAGUUCAUAUGUUUGCUAGAGUUCCCUGCCUUUGCGUAGUAUUUGCUAUUUUGGCAAUUAGCAUAGCUGGCAGUGCAGCUUUUUUAGGGCUUAAGUUUCAGAUUUGCUUGACUGCUUGUUACACGUAAGUUGUGGAAGUGCAUCAGUGGAGAGAUAUAGCAGAGAGAUUGGGCAGCAAUGAAGUAUAUCUGAAACAGAAACCCACAGAAAUUCGUUCGAUCGAUUGCGUUGAGAAUGUGAUGCUGUGAAUAAUCAGGGUGGAGGUGAUUUUACUGGCUGUUCAUAGCAGCAGUUUAAUUUGUAUAAAUAUACGGAUGUGUAAAAUGUAAUUUUGUAAUUUAUGUUUUUAAGUGAAUUGCUGUUCUAAACAAGGAUAAUAAGAAACUGAGAUUAAUGUUACCUGUCUAACUUUGAAUGGUGCUGAAAAAUGUUACUUA